GUAUCAUUAAACUAAUGAACAAGAAAGCAAAAAGAAAAAGAUCAAAUGAUUAACUUUUUUUCCAGCAUAAAAAUGAUUCGAAGGAGGACUCUGCUCUUGCCCUGCUUUUGAGAAAAAUGGCCACACUUUUUCUGGCCAUUGCAUGCUUAUGCUGUGCUCUGUUGAGCUGUGGAAUCGGAGCUGAACUCGAAGGAUCACAGAGCAGAUCCAUCGCAGCUGCGAGAGAACAACCUUACAGAACCUCCUAUCACUUCCAGUCUCCUCGGAACUGGUUAAAUGAUCCUAAUGGUCUUAUGUAUUACAAAGGGGUUUACCACUUGUUCUACCAGUACAAUCCUCACAGCGCCCUCUUCAGCAACGGUAUAGUAUGGGCGCAUUCAGUUUCGUAUGAUCUAGUCAACUGGGUUCACCUUAAUCACGCCCUCGAGCCAAGCGAACCAUUCGACGUCAAAAGUUGCUGGUCAGGUUCUGCUACUAUCCUUCCAGGGAGCAGACCAGUCAUUUUGUAUACUGGCAUAGACGCAAAUUAUCGUCAAGUGCAGAACUUGGCGAUUCCAAAGAAUGAGUCUGAUCCCUUCCUACAAGAAUGGGUCAAGUUCUCACAGAAUCCGAUUAUUGUUCCUCCCAUAGGAAUCGAACCGGACAAUUUUCGAGACCCAACAACUGCCUGGUGGGGUCCAGAUGGUAAAUGGAGGAUUAUAGUUGGAAGCUGGAGGGACAACAUAGGAAUGGCGAUUCUUUAUCAAAGUGAUGACUUCUUUCACUGGUCUAAAUCCGAGCAUCCUCUUUUCACAUUGAGCAAUACCAGCAUGUGGGAGUGCCCAGACUUUUUCCCGGUAUCCACAGAUAGCACAAAUGGCAUGGACACAUCAACCCUGAACCCAAGCACUAAGCACGUGAUGAAGGCAAGCUUCAAUAGUCACGAUUAUUAUGUGCUAGGCACUUAUAAUCUUGAGCUGGAAAGGUUUUCACCAGAUGAUGACCUCAAGGGAGCUAGUCCGGACUUAAGAUUGGACUACGGGAAGUACUACGCUUCCAAAUCGUUCUUUGACAGUGCAAAGAACCGGAGAAUACUGUUCGGAUGGGUCAACGAGUCGGAUAGUACAGAGGAUGACAUAGCAAAGGGUUGGUCUGGACUUCAGGCAUUUCCAAGAGAAAUUUGGCUAGACAGAAGUGGAAAGCAACUGAUACAGUGGCCUGUUGAGGAAAUCAAAACUUUGCGCGACAAAAAUAUUGGUGUUAAGUCUCUGGGACUCGACGGUGGUUCAACUUAUGAAGUUUCAAAUAUCACUGCUUCACAGGUGGACGUCGAAGUUGCCUUUGAAUUGCCCAAACUGGAAGAGGCCGAGCUCAUGGAUCCAAACUGGGUCGACCCCCAAAUUCUGUGCAGCGAAAAGAAUGCAUCGGUUGGGGGCAUGUAUGGACCGUUUGGUUUGUUAGCUUUGGCGACGAAGGAUUUAAGAGAACAAACGGCGAUAUUCUUUAGAGUAUUCAGAGGCCAUAACAGAUACAUUGUCCUGAUGUGUAGUGAUCAAAGCAGGUCUUCAUUGAGGAACGAGAUUGAUAAGACCAUAUAUGGAGCUUUCCUCGACAUAGAUCCUCAAGUCGAGAAGAUUUCCUUAAGAACCUUGAUAGAUCACUCUAUUAUUGAGAGCUUUGGUGGGGAAGGGAAAGUAUGCAUCACUAGUAGGGUGUAUCCAGUGCUGGCUAUCGACGAAGCAGCUCGCGUGUAUACUUUCAACUAUGGAACUCUUAGUGUACGAAUUGAGAGACUGGAUGCGUGGAGUAUGAGGAAAGCCCGUAUUGGUCCCGGAGAAUCAUUGGUGUCCCAGUGCGAGAACCUCUCAUUUCGCGGAUCUGAGGAGUGUCCAUCCUGUGCAGCAUCACCCUCACAUUGUGAGGAAUCCGCUUCCGCGAUCUGAAAUGCUCAAAGCAAGACUGAUUCUAGCGUUCUCAUCCAUGUUUUCCCUCCACACCGUAUAGCAUGCCAUGGGACAUAUCCGCAGAAUCGCUGCAUUACUUCCCGACCGUGUAGAAAUCUGAAUCAAUAAAAAGUAGUACCAGUCAGAGUCCUUUGUAAUCCUGAUUCAAUAUGAAUGGUAUACUUCUGCAAAAUGGGCCUUCUCUG